CCCCUCAGACCCACGUACUGAUACCCCUGUGGGGGAGAGGGGUGACGGAAGCUCCCACAUUAGUCACACACACUUAACCCCUCCCAGCCUCUCCUCAAUGGUCGAGGCGAUAGCAGAGAAGUUUAACUCCAAGCCAGAGACCGAGAGACCUGGUGCUUUAUCACCUAUUCAGGACAGUGGUAGGGAGGAGGCUGGAAUUGCUUUGAUACAGUCAUAUGAGGAAGGAAUCCCUAAGAGGGAAAGUCAUGGAAAUACUGUUAAAAAUGGAUUGAUGAAGGAGGGACCGACAGAGCGGAAGGAGUGUAGGAAUUCCUCUCAGAAGCAGACGAGGUUGAUAGGAGAAAUGGAGAAGGAGAGCAGGGGAGGUCAGGAUGGAGAGAUGGUUCUUACCAGCGGCAUGGCUACUGAGGAGGGGAGGACCGAGGGAGCAGGGAGGAGGACCGAGGGAGCAGGGAGGAGGACCGAGGGGAGCAGCAGAAGGCCAGUCUCUCCCCCUCCUCAAUCCAAGGAGGACUCCGUGACAGAGGAGAAGGAGAUGGAGGAGAGCAGCCUAGAGAACGGAGGAGGAGAUAGCAGUGUUCCCUCCAUACUGAACACUCGUCUGCAGCUGGUCAGUGUUCCAUUCGGUGGAGCACGUCCCAAACAACCGGUCACUCUCAAACUCCAGAUCCCCUGGCCGCUAUCCGGACAGGACCAGAACCAACUAUCACCUACCGUUAACACCACCGCCGUCUGCAAGAACAAGAACCUUGAGAACCGUGCCGGUGACAUAACCAUGGAAACUGGAACCGUCGUUGCCGGGGGUGACCCUGGUGGUUGUGUCGAGGUUGUUAACGGGGAGUUGCUAAACGGGUCGUCAUCGUUGGGGCUGGUGCUGGAGUCCGAGAGCAGCCCGGACAAUGACCUCCAGGCUGGGUGUCACCACCAGGGGGCUCUGCCCAGGAAACAGCUCUCCUCCCUGGGGGAUGUGGCCCCCGUGUGGGUCCCUGACUCCAAGGCACCAGUCUGUAUGAAGUGUGAGGUCCGCUUCACCUUCACCAAGAGGAGGCAUCACUGCAGGGCCUGUGGAAAGGUGUUCUGUGCUGCCUGCUGCAGCCUGAGGAGCAGACUGAUUUACAUGGACAGGAAGGAGGCCAGAGUCUGUAUCACCUGUCACUCUGCCCUACUGAGUGGUCAUUCGUGGGAGGGUAUGUGUGGUGGGUCUAACCAGAGUCCUAACCCCAACGACCCAGCACAGUACUGCAGUACCAUCCCACCUCUGCAGCAGAUCCGCUCAGAGGGUUUCCACCCGCGGGAGAGGAGGAGGGUGCGGUUUGCAGAUGGAAUCCUGCCCAAUGGGGAAGCAGCGGAAUCCCCCAAGCUCCCUGCUUCCAGCCCCGCCCCCUCGCAAACAUUGGCUGUCUCACAGUGUUCCAACAAAUCCUUCACUUCUGAUUUGCGAGAGGCGUUGUCCCCUGCCCCUGCGUCCACCGUGGGAAGCCCUGUAGGCAGCUCCAUCAGUCUAAUUCCGGAGGACGGACUUCCUCCCAUCCUCAUCUCAACCGGAGUUAAAGGAGGUGUGAGGGAACACAGCACAGACUAUGCGGUGGAGGAGCGUCCCUCUGAGAUGGUUCUGAUACAGCAGCUGGAGGAGGGAGGUCCUGACCCCUUGGUGUUUGUGCUCAACGCUAACCUGCUGGCUAUGGUCAAACUGGUCAACUACGUAAACAGGAAGUGUUGGUAUGUGACCAGUAAGGGGAUGCAUGCAGUGGGCCAGGCCGAGGUGGUGGUGCUGCUGCAGUGUCUACCUGACGAGAAGAGCAUCCCCAAAGACCUCUUCAGCCACUUUGUACAGCUCUACCAGGAGGCCCUCACAGGUAAUGUCCUGACCCACCUGGGCCAUUCGUUCUUCACCCAGAGUUUCCUGGGCAGCAGGGAGCAUGGAGGGUUCCUCUACGUCUCCCCGUCUUUCCAGUCCCUCCAGGACCUGAUGCUCCCCAACCCCUACCUGUUUGGGGUGUUGCUGCAGAAGUGGGAGACCCCCUGGGCCAAGAUGUUCCCCAUCAGACUCAUGCUGCGGCUGGGCGCCGAGUACAGAUUCUACCCCUGCCCUCUGUUCAGCGUGCGGUUCAGGAAACCCCUGUUUGGAGAAGCAGGUCACACCAUCAUGACCCUGCUAGUGGACUUCCGUAACUACCAGUACACGUUGCCCCUGGUGAAGGGUCUGGUGGUGGACAUGGAGGUGAAGAAGACCUGCAUCAAGAUCCCCAGCAACCGAUACAACGAGCUGAUGAAGGCGAUGAACAAGUCCAAUGAACACGUCCUGGCCAUGGGGGCGUGUUUUAACGAGCUGGCCGACUCCCACCUGGUGUGUAUUCAGAACGACGACGGAAACUACCACACACAGGCCAUCAGUAUCCACCACCAACCACGCAAAGUGACUGGCGCCUGCUUCUUUGUGUUCAGUGGUUCUCUGAAGGCAUCUUCUGGAUACCUGGCCAAGACCAGCAUUGUGGAGGAUGGUGUGAUGGUGCAGAUCACAGCAGAGACCAUGGAUGCUCUACGGCAAGCCCUCAGGGACAUGAAGGACUUUAGUAUCACCUGUGGCUGGGCAGACCAGGAGUACAGCCAGGAACAUGUUCACAUACAGUGGAUAGAUGACGAUCACAACUUUUUCAAUAAGGGGGUAAUUAGUCCUAUUGAUGGGAAGUCUAUGGAGUUCAUCACCAGCGUGAGAAUCUUCCACGGUUCAGAGUUCAAGGCUGAUGGGAAGGUCAUCCGCUGGACAGAGGUGUUCUUCCUACAGAGUGAGGACCAGCCCAACGGUCUGAGUGACCCUGCUGACCACAGUCGCCUGACGGAGAACGUGGCGAGGGCAUUCUGCAUGGCGCUCUGCCCACACCUCAAACUGCUGAAGGAGGAAGGCAUGGCUAAGCUGGGCCUACGGGUCACCCUCGAGUCUGACCAGGUGGGUUACCUAGCAGGAAGUAACGGCCAGCCUCUCCUCUCCCAUUACCUGAGGGACCUGGACAGUACUCUGAUCCCUGUCAUCCACAGAGGGGCGUGUCAACUCAGCGAGGGACCUGUUGUCAUGGAGCUGGUCUUCUACAUCCUGGAAAUCCUCUCCUAGGAGACGGAGGCACCGCUUAGCAACGGACCAACACCCCAGACGCCGAUCUCCUAGUUCUCUCUCUCGUCCUCAUCUAUUUUUCCCUCCCAUCUUGCCUCUCCUGUUCUUCAGAGAGAGGCUGUGAGGGGCAGCUAGCUGAUGUUGCCAUCCCUUCAAUAGACAGCUGUGGGGAUGGUUACCAGCUAGCUGAUGUUGCCAUCCCUUCAAUAGACAGCCAGGGCCUCUCCAUCAUGUCCACGCUGAUCACAUGAAAUUACAUUUUUCCUCAAAACACAACUUUUAUGUAUUGGAGUGCCUUUGCUUUUUUCACGACCGUUAGAAAUAAUGUCGUAUUUCUACGCAUGUGAAUUUAGCUAGCCAAGUCGCCAUGACAACGCCGAAAAAGUGUGAUCGAGGAAUUAUAUUGGAGAAGCAGUUCCUGUCGAUCUUCACACUGUCUUUGCUGUGGGAGCUAGACAACAAAGCAGAAGCACUGCACUGCACUCUGGGAAAGGUAGUCUCCGAAGGCCAUGUUGUAGCAUGGGCGCUUUGAGGACCCCAUGUAGAGGUGUCCAAAGCUCUGCCUGAUGAGACUACACUUUUGUCUCUGCUGACAGGGACUUCACACGGUCCAGUGGGCUGGGAAGAUUAAAAACUUGGAGAGGGGGUAGAGCGAGAGGAUCUGGUGAUGCUGUUUAAUUUGCAUCCUGGUGCUCAGUUCCAGCAGUCGCAACUCUUUACAGUGGAAGGAACAAACAACUUGCCUGGCUUUUAGCCAAUGAUCACCAAAUGCUUUAUUUCCUGACAUUGAUGGACUACAGUUUUCGUUUUGCUUAGGCAGGGCUGCAAUUGGCUCAAUAGCUCAUCCAGAGAUCCAACACCAAGAUUGUCUGUCUCACUAGAACUGUUAAGCAGUUGGACCACUUAGUCGAAAGCACAAUGUCUAAGAGGUGGUGUGGGUGUUUACUGAUUUUACUGUCAAACUUAAUAGGUCAAAGAUCCUGAACCGUGGAGAUCAACCAAGCUUUAUAUGGCUGAGCUUCAAGUCUUCUGAGAACCAUGCCACCCUUCUGUUUAAAACAGGUUUCCAAUGCUAUACCAGAACAUUCUAACAGGAAGUAUAACAAACAGUCUCUGGCCCCUCAUUGGCCACCCGAGGGGAUUGGUUGGAGUCUUGGGAUGAGAAAUGCAUUGUGGUCUGAUCCUUCACCACCGACUCAACCCCAGCCCGGCCUUCCACCGUUAACUAGCCCCGGCCUUCCACCGUUAACUAGCCCCGGCCUUCCACCGUUAACUAGCCCCGGCCUUCCACCGUUAACUAGCCCCGGCCUUCCACCUAG